UGGGCCACCCCUCCAAAGCACUGGGUUCAGGUGUUGCAAUCACCUCCAUGGCCACAGGUGUAUAAAAUCAAGUACCUAGGCAUGCAGACUGCUUCUACAAACAUUUGUGAAAAAAUGGGUCACUCUCAGGAGUUCAGUUCAUUCAAGCAUGGUGCCAUGAUAGGUUGCCACCUGUGCAAUAAGUACAUCCGUGAAAUUUCCUUGCUACUAAAUAUCCCACGGCCAACUGUUAGUGGUAUUAUAACAUAGUGGAAGCAACUGCGAACAACAGCAACUUAGCCA